AUGUCUGUUACUGCACCCGCUUCAAAUAUUAUCGAUGGUAAAACCAUUUCCAAAUCUAUCCGUGAGGAAAUCAAAAAUGAAAUCAAAACUUUACAAGAAAAACACCCAAACUUCGUUCCAUGUUUAGCAAUUAUUCAAGUGGGCAAAAGAUCAGAUUCUAACACCUAUGUUCGUAUGAAGUUAAAGGCUGCCAAGGAAGCUGGCAUCGAUUGUCUAUUCAUUCAUUUGGCAGAAGAUGUCCCACAACACGAAAUUAUUUCCAAAAUUGAUGAUUUAAACAACGAUCCAAAGGUUCAUGGUAUUAUUGUUCAACUACCACUACCAUCUACUAUCGACGAAGAUGCUGUAACUUCCAAAGUCAUUGCCUCUAAAGAUGUUGACGGUUUCGGUCCAUACAAUAUCGGUGAAUUAAAUAAAAGACACGGUAAACCAUAUUUUUUGCCUUGCACUCCCAAGGGUAUUAUAGAAUUAUUGGACAGAUCCAAUGUUACUAUUGAUGGGGCCCGUGCCGUGGUUAUCGGUAGAAGUGAUAUUGUUGGCAGUCCAGUUGCUCAAUUGUUAAACUUGAGAAACGCCACGGUUACCAUUCUACAUUCUAGAUCCAAAGAUAUUCAUACUUACUUGGCCGAUGCUGAUAUUGUUGUUGUUGCUAUCGGACAGCCGCAAUUGGUAAAAGGUGCAUGGUUUUCUGAGGUCAACAAAAACACAGUGGUUAUUGAUGUUGGUACCAACUACAUUGAAGACAGUACUAAGAAGAGCGGUGUUAGGUGCGUGGGUGAUGUUGAGUUUGAUAAAGUCGCGCCACUAGUUAAAUUAAUUACUCCGGUUCCAGGUGGUGUUGGUCCAAUGACUGUUGCCAUGUUAAUGGAAAACACUCUAUUGGCUGCUAAACGCUCCUUGAAUGGCGAUUCUUCUCCCAAAUUUGAGCCUUUACCAUUGAAACUAGUUAAGCCUGUCCCAAGUGAUUUUGAAAUAUCCAGAAACCAAAAGCCCAAGGAAAUCACCCAGGUUGCGUAUGAAUGUGGCAUUUUGCCAAAUGAAUUAGAACCAUAUGGCUCAACAAAGGCCAAAGUUAAAUUGGAUAUUUUGGAUCGUUUGAAAAACCGUGUAAAUGGUAAAUAUAUUCUAGUUGCUGGUAUUACCCCUACUCCACUAGGUGAGGGUAAAUCUACCACAACAGUUGGUUUAACCCAAGCUUUAGGUGCCCAUUUAAACAAGAAGGUUUUCGCAAACGUGCGCCAACCUUCAAUGGGUCCUACUUUUGGUAUUAAAGGUGGUGCCGCUGGUGGUGGGUUUUCCCAAGUAAUUCCUAUGGAUGAAUUUAACCUGCAUGUUACUGGUGAUAUCCACGCAAUUUCUAUGGCUGAUAAUCUAUUAGCUGCUGCUAUUGAUACUAGAAUGUUCCACGAGUCUACCCAAAAGGACGGACCCUUGUACAGGAGAUUGGUCCCAGCAAAAAAGGGUAUUAGAAAGUUUACUCCAACUAUGUUGAAAAGAUUAGAAAAAUUGGGAAUCAAUAAAACCGACCCAAAUGCUUUGACCCCUGAAGAAAUCACCAGGUUUGCUCGUUUAGAUAUCGAUCCUGAAACUAUUACCUGGAGAAGAGUUGUUGAUUGUAACGACAGAAUGCUUAGAGGUAUCACCAUUGGUGAGGCACCAACUGAACGUGGGUUCACAAGGAAAACUGGCUUUGACAUCAGUGUUGCUUCCGAAUGUAUGGCCAUUUUGGCACUAUCAAACUCCUUGAAAGAUAUGAGGGAAAGAUUGGGUAAAAUUGUUGUUGCUUCCUCUAAAGCUGGUGUUCCGAUCACUUGUGAAGAUAUUGGAUGUGCGGGUGCCAUGACUGCCCUAUUAAAGGAUGCUAUUAAACCAAAUAUCAUGCAAACAUUGGAAGGCACUCCUGUUUUUGUUCAUGCUGGUCCAUUUGCUAAUAUAUCCAUCGGUGCCAACUCUGUUUUGAGUGACAAAAUUGCAUUGAAAUUGGCUGGUGUUGAAAAAGGUUCCACACAAGAGGAAAUAAAGAAAAACCAAGGUUAUGUUGUUACUGAGGCUGGUUUCGACUUUACUAUGGGUGGUGAGAGAUUUAUUAACAUUAAAUGUCGUUCCUCUGGUUUAAUUCCGGAUGUCAUUGUUAUUGUUGCCACAGUUAGGGCCUUAAAGGUCCAUGGUGGUGGUCCAGAAGUUAAAGCUGGUGCCCCAUUGCCUGCUGAAUAUAUGACUGAAAACAUUGAAUUGUUGAAGAAGGGAUGUGCCAACUUGGCUAAGCAUAUUUCCAAUGCCCGUACUUACAACUUACCGGUUGUUGUUGCCAUUAAUAAAAUGUCUAGUGACACUGAUUUGGAACAUCAAGUGAUAAAGGAGGCAUCUCUGGAGGCCGGUGCCAUCGAUGCAAUUGUUUCCAACCAUUGGGAAGAAGGUGGUAAAGGUGCUAUUGAUUUGGCCAAGGGUGUUAUUAAAGCUUCGGAAAUCCCACACCCUGAUUUUAAGUUCUUAUACGAGGUUGAGGAUAAAAGUGUUGAGGAUAAGAUUAGUACUAUUGCCAAGGUUAUGUACGGUGCAGGUGAUGUUGAAUUUUUGCCAGAGGCUGAAAAGAAAAUUAAAUUGUAUACCGAACAAGGUUUUGGUAAUUUACCAAUUUGUAUUGCUAAAACACAAUAUUCUUUGUCUCAUGAUGCUAAUUUAAAGGGUGUUCCGACUGGUUUCACAUUUCCUAUUAGAGACGUUAGAGCUUCUAUUGGUGCUGGAUACUUGUAUGCAUUGGCUGCUGAAAUUCAAACUAUCCCAGGUUUGCCUACUCACUGUGGGUUCAUGAAUAUUGAAGUUACUGAUGAUGGUGAAAUUGAAGGUAUGUUUUAG